GCGGCGAACAUGGCGGAGCCAUCAGUUGAAUCAGCAAGCCCAGGAGGGUCUGCAACAUCAGAUGACCAUGAAUUUGACCCAACAGCAGACAUGCUGGUACAUGAUUUUGAUGAUGAACGAACACUAGAAGAGGAAGAAAUGAUGGAAGGUGAAACAAACUUCAGUUCUGAAAUAGAAGAUCUUACAAGGGAAGGUGAUAUGCCAAUUCAUGAGCUUCUUAGCCUUUAUGGUUAUGAUGGUUCUGUACCACUACCAGAAGAGGAAGAAGAGGAGGAGGAGGAGGAGGAGGGUGAGGGUGAAGAUAAUGAUAACAACAGUGGGUGCAGUGGAGAAAAUAAAGAGGAGACUAUAAAGGAUUCAUCAGGUCAAGAGGAUGAGACACAAUCCUCAAAUGGUGAUCCAGUUUCAUCUGUUGUACCAGAAAUAAUUCGUCCACGUCGUUGUAAAUACUUUGAUACAAUGAAGGUACUUAUCAAGGAUAAAUUGUCUGGGAGUGGGAGAAUGAUCUUUUCUAAAGUCUUAUCUCUUGAUAUCAUUGGAUCUACUGAGGAACAUACUAGAAGGCAUUUUCUCUGUAAAGAUAAUGCUGAUAGUGAAAUAGAAGAAGAAUCUGAAGAAGACGAAGACUAUAUUCCUUCAGAAGACUGGAAAAAAGAAAUCAUGGUGGGCUCCAUGUAUCAAGCUGAAAUUCCGGUUGGUAUAGCUAAAUAUAAAGAGAAUGAGAAAGUGUAUGAAAAUGAUGAUCAAUUGCUAUGGAAUCCAGAUUACUUGACUGAAGAUAAAGUGAUUGAAUUCCUUAAUGAAGCCUCCAGGCGAAUAGGCGAUGAGAGAGGAAUUGAUGCAAUUCCUGAAGGAUCCCAUAUUAAAGAUAAUGAACAGGCUUUGUAUGAAUUAGUGAAAUGUAGUUUUGAUACAGAUGAAGCAUUAAGAAGAUUGAGAUUUAAUGUAAAAGCAGCCCGAGAGGAGCUGUCUGUCUGGACAGAAGAAGAAUGUAGAAAUUUUGAACAAGGUUUGAAAGCUUAUGGAAAGGAUUUUCACUUAAUCCAAGCAAACAAGGUACGAACAAGAUCUGUCGGAGAGUGUGUAGCAUUUUACUACAUGUGGAAAAAAUCAGAACGAUAUGACUUUUUUGCUCAGCAGACAAGAUUUGGUAAAAAGAAGUACAAUCUCCAUCCUGGUGUAACGGACUACAUGGAUCGUCUUUUAGACGAAAGUGAAAGUGCGGCAUCCAGCAGAGCUCCUAGCCCUCCUCCUACAACUUCCAAUAGUAGCACCAGCCAUUCAGAAAGAGAGGACAGCACAACCAGCAAUAGUAAUCAAAAUGGUGUAUCUACUAAUGGGCCAAGUGAGUUAUCAAAUAAAGAUGACAUGAAAAUUGAAGGACUGCACAUAAAUGGACCAACUGGCAAAAAAACGCAACUUGUAGAUUUUGAUACAAAUGGUUACGAACCCGAAAAUCUUUCCAAUCAUUCUAAACUUCCUCAUUCAAAUACAAGGCAUGAUCUUGAAGAUACAAAUGAAAGGCCUGUGAAAAGGAGAAGAAUCAACAGCAGUGACAAAGAGUGCCCAGCUUCCUCUGAAAAUUUCCAAGAAACAGUGGCCCAUGGGAAUUGUGAAGACCAGGACACUGUGGGUGACUGAACACAUUUCAUUCAAAUAAUUGUAUGGGAUGUCUGCAUUUUCAGGGUUAAUAGGUUCUCUUUACAGAUUCAAAUCCCAUAAAAUAAUUUAUGGAGAUUUUGAAAUACAUUUUAAUUGCUUCCUAAUCCUAGCCAAGGUUACAGUAUACCUUUUAAAAUCCUGAAAUGCAGAUAUAGCAGGAGGGAGAACUUUCUGUCAGAGAGCCCGUUGCUAUAGAAUUGAUUUGAGAGUUGUGGGUUUUUUAGGCAAAUUUCUUUAGGUUCCUUCAGGGCACUAACCUGUUAUAUGUAAAUUAUACUUUGAAAAAUAGCUUAAAAUUCCCAAGCAGAAUUGAUAAAAUGGAAGUGAAAAAAGAAGCAAUACUGAACAGUUAAGGAAUGCCGGUAAAUCCUGAAAGUUGCAUGAGAAUUCAUUGGUGUGUGUGUAUGUAUAUGUGUGUCAACGUGUGGGCAUAUGUAUAUAUGUAUACAUAUGUGUGUGUGUUUAUCUGUGUAUAUACAUAUACAUAUAUAUAUAUAUAUAUAUACACAUAUAUAUGAAUGAAUUAUAUUUUAAAAAUAAACCAAGAGGUUUGUAUGUAAAAUUACUGACAUCAGUGAUGUCUUUCCAUAUUCUUAUCUGGAAAUAAGAAAUACUUUCUGUAUUUUUCCAGAUUUUGUAGCCUUUGAAAGAUUUUUGCAAUACUAAAAAGUGUGUAAUUUUCAUAACUUGUACAGUAUGGUAAAUUUUUGAUCUUCUGAGAGUUGAUCUGAGGAUUUGUCAGCUUCACUUUAUUUUGCUAAAGCCUUUUUUUAUUAAUAAAAGUCAUGUUUCAGAAAGCAGUAGAAAUUUUAAAUAUUUAAAUUGCUUACCCAAAUUAAGAAUAUCAGAAUUUUCAAACUUUUAUCUUGGGACAAAUGGUGACUUAAAAGUUUUUAGAUUAGCAUGAUGCUAUGAUUGCACAAGUGUUCUUGCUUAUAAUUGUUUUUCAGAUUUCUUUUUAUGAGAUAAGAGUCUAAAAAUAUCAGCUAAAGGCUUUAAUGUUGCUAACUCUUGUUAGUCAAGGUCAUCCAUUACCUUAUUUAUCAGUUUAUAUGUACAUUUUGGUGAGCACAGUAGAAUUAGGAAUUGAAUUAAUUAAAUCUGGCUACCUUGAUGAGGAACAAACGCUUAGCCUGCAUGCUGUGGGUCCUUAUGCUGCAUCCAACAAAUCCAUGGAUUAACUGCUUCUGAGGAAGUAGUAAAGUGUGGGUAGUAGUUAUUAUGGCGUGUAUGUGUACUAAUAUGCAUGGAUUUGAGGUACUGUAAGGGUUGUUAACCUUCUUUACAUUUGAAACAAAUCCUUGUCAGUCUGGGAAUAGUUUCAGUAGUGUCAGUUCCCAUCUAUAAAAGGAUUUGGAUUAUGGCCAUAAUGAAGGUUUACAGAAUCAAUCACUCAAUGACAUAUAAAGUCUUUCAUUUUUUUGUUGCCACUUUGGCUAUAUAAAACAAAGUUAACCAUGUGCUCGUCUUGGGGCUUACUUGAAAUGUUAUAAUUAUAUCUUCAAGUUGAUUUGCUCAUUUAAUGAUUUGGCAAAAUAAGAGUUGAUUUUAAUUAUUUAGUCCACUAGUCUUUUAGAUUGUCCCAACACAAUUUUGUUGCUAGUUCCUGGAAAUAUCUUUUUUUUUUUAGCCUUCUGCUUUCUCAUGAAACAUUUUUGAUGAAUUCCAUGCUUUAACAUUAUAGGACUAGUAUUUAUUGUCUGUUGCUUACAAGCAGUAUAACAUGUAUAGAUGAAAUAUUUAAUCUUUUAAAUUUUACUGCUUUGGGGAAAGUGCCAUGGCUGACCAAACCCAGUUUUGUUAAUAUGAAAAUCCAAAGUUUUUGUAGCCUCGUAUCAAAGAUUAUGUUUUAAAAAGUAUAUCAAAGCAAGGCAGUGCAAUGCUUUUAGAAACCUUAUUGCAACUUUUGAAGGCCUAUUUUCUGUUCCUUGUCUGUAUUUUUGCAGGGUGGAAAUGCUUGCAAGACUGUUCAUAGGAAAGUUUAUAAAUAUAUUGUUCUCAGGCUUGUAAGUAAAAUAUAGCACUGUGUACAUUUUUUUAGAAACUUUACUUUGGUCUUUAAUCUUACCUUUAAUGGUAUGCCUAAGAAAAUCCUGACAUUCCAUACUCAAUAUGUAAUGCUCAGCUGUUUUUAAGUAUUUAAUUGUAAUGUACAUCUCAUUUAUGCAGGUGUUUAUACAAUAUUUUAUUCAUGUUCUUUAAAAUGCAGCCACUAUAACUUGAUAAAGACAUUGCACUAGUAGUACUAUUUAAAAAAUCUUGUAAUUUAGCAACCAGUUCAAACAGCUUUUAGUGCAGUUUGGAAAAGAUGAAACCACAUUGCUUCCAAAUUGGUCUGAAAAGUCAGUACAGCUUUGUAUAGUGAUUGUAAUGUAUAUUUUAAGCACUAUUGUGUCCUGAUCCAUAAAGUGCAUUGUAUGCAGUCUGAAUCAAACCUUCAACUCAACAGGCCUGACUGUUGGCUUUAUAAAGGGUUUAAAAUGAUAUUUUGAAAGAAAUCAAAAAAAAUUGCAAAGUAGUUUUUAUAAAUUUUUCACAUAGUAAUUUUGCACUGUUGGUAAUUCCUGUGUCUCUUACCUAGCUCCCUGUCUGCAAUUCUGGAAAAGCUUAUUAAAGUAUUUUUUUAAACAUAUUGCUUAUAUAAAUACAAAUAUUGAGUACUUAAGAGUGGAAUUUGUUUCUUUUAAGAGAAUGUGAAAAUGCUGCUUAAUAAUAUGGGAGAGAAUACUUGAAUUGUUCAAUAAUAGUUUUAGCAAACCUUUGCACUUCGAAAUAAAAUUCUGUACUUCACACUAGUUUCAAACUAAACUCCAGAUAUUUAAUGACAAUAGGGUUUUUUAAAAAAAACAAAAAACAAUUAGGGAUAAACUGAGAUGUAUACAUUCUUGCUGUGAAAUUAGAACUGUAAUAUCUAAGUCUGAAUAUUUUUGUUGAGGGUAUUUACCAAUAAAAUAUAAUCAUUUCUUGACAUACCACAGAAUAUAGAGCUGAAUUAAUUGUUGUAAUAAAAAAGAUCGCUAUUAGAAGUAUUGAGAAAUUACUAGCCCAGAUAGAAUUUGUUUCUUAGAUUAUAGAUUAUUUUUAAAUACAUUCAUAUCUUCAGUAAAGAAAAAUGAAAAGUUGUAACAAUGAUUUAAUAAAUAAGGAAGAGUUUGGUAAAGCCAGGAUCUUAUAAGGCUAUAUUCAUAUAAGUACAAAUUUAAAAAUUAUAGUGCUUGGAGUUAAUAUGAUGUUAGGAAAUUAUAAAAGAAAAUCAAACAAUUUUUAUUUUAUGAUCAUUUGCAUGGAAAAUCAGUAAAAUGCUAAACUAUGUCUUGGUUCUAUUUUAUAUAAAUUAUGUUUAGAUAAAAUAGAAACAGGAAAUAAACAACUUUAAAGAAUGACCUGUAAUCUUCCCAUUUUGAUGUCCUCCAACUAUUUUGAAUGACACCACCAAAUUGGCUAGACAUGAUGCAAUUAUAGUAUAGUACAAUAGGGUUUCAUGCAAGGUUGGAUAUAUUGGCAGAAAACAAAUUAUUUUAGGUAGAAUCUAGUACUUUCCACCCCCAAAAGUACUCUUUAGUUUAUUCUCAAGGGUUGUCACAGGUACCUACAAAUCUAAGCAUUCAAUAAAGAUGGAAUAAUGGAAUAUGAUUAUUGUGAUUAAGAUACGAUGGUUAAUAAUUAAAAACAUUAAUACCAUACAUGUGAAUGGGAGAACCAGUAUAGUAAUUUUGACCAAAGAAACUUCAUCUUGGUUAAGAGAAGAAAUAAUACUCAGAUAUAAGGAGAGGCGGGAAUAAUCUUUAUUCCUUUUUUCAUUUUUUAUUAUAAUUAGAUGAUGCAAUCAAGACUUCUCCAUUAUUCAAGCUUGUUGUCUUGAGAUAAAAUAUAAGUUAGCUAAAUAUUUUUGCUGGUGUGUAAAGAAACAAUAAUAUAGACCUGGAAAAGUUUUAAAUCAUUCUAAAGUAUUAAAAUUUCCACAUACAUACAGAAAUAGGGACAUUAUUUUUAAAAUAACUAUUAUAUAUCACCCUUGAGUCAAUCCUGAGUUCAUGGAGACAUCUAUAGUUUUCUUGGCCAACAGUAGAGAAAGAGUUUGGCCUUUUUAAAUGCAUUUAUUCAUCUGUUAAAUGUAUAGCCUCAGUUUUUCCCCAGAAGUUUAAGGUAGUAAAUUUACACUGAGUGAUGUUUUAUUGAAACAACAGUCUUAUGAGGUAGGUUGGACUGAAUGGUUGUUUAAUAACACGCUGAAGGUCAGCCUGAACAGAUUUCUUUGGGCCAGCUCAACCACUGCAUCGUAAUUGCUAAUAUGUGAUGAAGAGAUGCUUUUAUUCACAUAUCCUAGCAAUAUUUUCUCAAUAUUAAAAAACAUAUCUAUUUUUGAGGAGUAGAGAGAUAACAAAGUCCUUGAAGUGGCAAAUACCAACUUAGUAUGGGGGAAGACAACUCAAAGCUUUCUCAUAUAUUUGUCACAUUUCAGUGCAUCCAACUUGCCUCUCUCAGCCCAACUCACCUCACAAGGUUGUUGUGGAGAAAAUAGGAGGAAGAUGUGCUGAAUGUUUACCACCUUGAGUUAUUUGUAAAAAAAAAUACUAAAUACAGAUAAUGACUAGUUUCACAAAGGAGGCAACUACUAUUGAAUCUGUUACACCGUUAGAGUUCACUAAAAAGUGGUGCCAAAGCCUAAGAUAAUUAACAGUAUAUUUAAAGUAUAGUAUAACUACAUCUAUUGUCACUAAAAUAUUGAAGUCUUAUAAAAGCCAGAACAAAAAAAUGUAAAUGGAGACAUUCUUGAUUUAUUUAAGCCAGUACAAAAAUACAUAGCACAUAAAAGUUAUACAAUAAAAAUGUUUAUUCCUAAUGCUGGAUUGCUCUAUAUAGGAAAAAUAGUAACAGGAAGUUUUAACAGUGUAGAAAAUAAAACUAUUAAGACUUGCUUACCUAGGCAGUAUAUAUAUUUUCUAAAACUUGGCACUAAAAAUGUGUAUAUUACAAAAAAGCAAAUCAACUGAGAACUAUUUUAUAUGGCAGUAAAUCUAUCCAGUAGAUUAACAUUUUCUCUAACAAGUACCUGAGCGCAACUGCCUCAGUAGAGCAAGUUAACAAAAAUACAAUAAUUUGACUGAAUUAUGAGAAUUUCAGUCUAACAGCAUCCCUUAUUCUACAUGUUUAUUUGCAUAAAUUGUCCAUAAGCAUUUUAUGAGAAUUUUGGUGCACAGUAUAAUUAAGGUAACAGUAGACCAAGGCAGCUGUGUGCUAAGUAAUCCAUUUUUUAGCCUGCAUUACCUAAAUGCUACCAUUAUCUACUUAACAAGCCAGCAUAAGUAGACAAGAAAAUAUAUUCUACUGUAAUAGAUCCCUUUAAUCUACUUUCAAAGUCAAGACAAUUCAUUCUUCUAAAUAGCUGGCAGGUGCAAAAUCUAGAGUUAAUAUUUUGAUUAAAAUAUUGGUUCUGAUAAUUGAUUUACAGCAGUUGGAGAAACUACACUUCUCUUUAUGUAGAACUGACUCUUCUGUGAACUCCGGAACCACCAACAAUCAUAGUGUUUAAAUUCAGUGGCAAAGCAAUAAUAAAUGAAGGAAUGAUCUUCCAUGAUUUAGAAUUGAUAACAAAAAAAUGUAAAGGCAAAAGAUGAUUUAACACAUCUUAGGCAAAGGGGAAAAAAAUCUGCACACCCAAAUUCCACUAUUUCCUCCUCUCCCCCCCCCCCCAAUUGUUGCUGGCUAAGACAUCAUUUACCCAAAAGAAAAACAUGGAGCCUGUGACAUUUAAAAAGUUGCUGCUUCUUGCUUGAAUCAAUUUACUCUCCUCCUAAAUGGACAAUAGUCUAGUGACCAAAGGUUUCAAAGCUAUUAGCUAUUGCUAAUGACUGGAAGGGGUUUCUCAUUAUGUGGAGAACAGGGCUUUCAAAUCACAGUAAACCUACUGUAAGACCAUUGUAAGAUUUGCACAUGUAGUUCAUCCCUCAAAACAGCAAUAAAUCUGCAACAUUAUGAAAGAGUAUUUCUGAGGCUGCAAAAGGCUCAAGAUCAUCAUGUGGCUAUGAAGCUCCAGGAUUCUCUUUUCUUGCUUUAUGUUAGAUUAGACUAUUCCAGAAAAACUAUUAGAGUUACCCACUCUGCGUACUGCAAGUACGCACUCUGAAAUUCUGUGUUUACUUUCAACAGUUUAAGGCUAAAAGAAUGUAUUUUAAAGUGCGCCAAACAAUCUGUGCGAUCUCAGAGAGCAACUUACUACUGCAAUAGGAUUUCUUGUUAGAGUUGUUGCAAUGUCCAGCAUAUAGUUCUUUGUCCCUCCACUAACAAAGUCAUAAAUAUGCAAAACAGUAAUAAUUACAUGCUAAAUAAUGUCUCCAGUACACAUAAUUCGGAUUUUUGGUGCCAGAUCGGAAAUGACUGCAUAUUUAUAUUUAACACAGAAUAUGUAAAAUUUACCUGUUUCACAGACUUCAUUUUAGAGUUAAAUUUAACUCACAAAGCAAUUAAGGGCAUAACUGUAUCUUACAUGCAAGAUCAUGGAGAUAGGAAAAAACAGGCAGGACAACCCGAGGCCAACUGAGUGGGGCAGGAUAAAAUUACUUCAUUUUUGUUAGUGUCAUAUGAUAAUUUUGGUACCCACACUUCCUCAGGCUUGACAAUCAUGAACCAGGUAGAAAGGAAGAAAUUCACUUACAAUCUCAGCUUCUUGGAUGAGAAAUCUUUUACAUUCUGAUAAUUUUAGGAUUUAACUUUAUUUCUUUUUAAAAUACAGAAAAAUUGUAAUGCUUUAAAAAAAUUAAUAAUUGAAAGGCGUGUAAGUUUUAUUAAAAGGCAUAAGCUUUUAUGAAUUGUAGCUCACUUCACUGGAUGCAUGAAGUGAAUAAACAGAUGAAGCAUUUGAAAAGAAAAUGCAGCAAGUGGAGGAGAAAAGAGUAGUUAUGCACAUACAGGUUACAUGUGGGACAUUAUCAAUUAGUAAUAGCAAUGUAUUAAAAUCACUUGUGUUUGUUAAACCUUAGAUAGCUGAAGAUUUUUUAUGUGAGAUGAUCCUGCAGUUUUGUUUUAAAAUUGCAAAUAUGAGCUACAAUUCAUGAAAGCUUGUGCCUUUUAAUA